AUGAUAGGUUUUUGGAAUUCGAUCAGUCUCAUUCCUAUUUCUCUUUCUUUUCUCUUCUUGUUUCAAGAUUUGUUUGCCGCUCCUACUAGACACUUGUGUCAUCCUGAACAAAGGGAUGCCAUCCUGGAGAUCAAAAACGAGUUCAAGAUUCAAAAUCCUUGUAUAGACGGGCUUCCAAAGACAGUGUCAUGGGUAUAUAAUAGUGAUUGUUGUUCUUGGGACAGUAUAAGAUGCGAUGCUAAUUUUAGGGAUGUGAUCAUGCUCAACCUUAGUGACAGCUGCCUCCAUGGUCAGCUCAAUUCCAAAAUCUCUAUUUUUAGGCUUCAAAACCUUCGUUUUUUAACAACUCUCGACCUUUCAAAUAAUGAUUUUAUUGGUAAAAUCCCAUCUUCACUUGGGAACUUUUAUAUGCUAACCACUCUUGACCUUUCCAGAAAUCAUUUUAGUGGUGAAAUCCCAUCUUCACUUGGAAACCUUUCUAAGCUAGCCACUCUUGAGCUCUCUAGUAAUCAUUUUGGUGGUGAAAUCCCAGCUUCACUUGGAAACCUUUCUAAACUCACCACCCUCCACCUCUCUCAUAACAAUUUUACUGGUAGGAUUCCAUCCUCACUUGGAAACCUUUUGAAUCUCACCAAUCUUAGCCUUUGUGCUAACAACUUUAUUGGUGAAAUUCCAUCUUCAUUUGGGAUUUUUUUUUCUCAUCUCACCUCUCUUAGCCUCUGCGAGAACAACUUUGGAGGUGAAAUUCCAACUUCACUAGGUAGUCUUUCCCAUCUCACUGUUCUUGAUCUCUCACAAAAAAAUUUUGUCGGUGAAAUCCCAUUUUCUUUUGGCAGUUUGAAAACGCUCACCAGCUUAUCUGUUGAAAACAACAAGCUUAGUGGUAACUUUCCUCUUAUGCUACUAAAUCUAAGAAAGCUGACUGAAUUAUCGCUCUACGGCAAUAAGUACGUAGGCAAGCUUCCACUUAACAUAAGCUUACUCUCCAACUUGGAGUUCUUUUACGUAAGCGGCAAUGCUUUUACUGGUACCACCCCUUCUUCUCUCUUUUCCAUUCCUUCUUUAGCUUAUGUUGAUUUGUCAAAUAACCAACUCAAUGGCACUCUUGAGCUUGGGAAUAUAUCUUUAUCACCUAAGAUAGAAGACUUACGCCUUGGUAAUAACAACUUCAUGGGAUCAAUCCCCCGAUCCAUCUCCAAAUUAUCCAACCUUGAGAGACUUGACCUUUCCCAUCUCAACACCCAAGGCUGCUCAGUUGACCUGAGCAUCUUCUCGCAUCUCAAGUCACUAAAGCGUCUUUACCUCUCCCACUUGAACACCACAACUACACUUGACUUGAAUGCAAACUUACCAUUUCUCAAGUCACUAGAUACACUGGAUAUUUCAGGAAACCUUGUUUCAUCUGAAAACACUAGUUUGGUUUCAGACCCUCCACUGUUGAGUGAGUUGUAAUUGUCAGGGUGCGGUAUCGAUACCGAGUUUCCAGAGUUCAUACCAACCCAACGCAACAUGAAGAAGCUAGACAUUUCCAACAACCUAAUCAAAGGCCAAGUGCCUGGAUGGUUACGGAAGCUUCCAGUUCUGCAAUACGUCAACGUUUCCAGCAACACUUUAGUCGGUUUCGGAAGUCCAACGAAUCAUGGGGUGACCCUGAGUUACUUGUUUACCGCCAACAACAAUUUAACGGGAAAGAUCCUUUCUUUCAUAUGUGCGUUGCGCUCUCUAGCCAUACUCGAUUUAUCUAACAACAAAUUAAACGGUUCAUUCCCUCUUUGCGUCGGAAACUUCAAUAGCGUUCUCCAAACUCUAAAUGUUAGACAAAACUGUCUUAGUGGACGUCUUCCGGAGAUUAUAACCGAAAGUAUAAGGUGGCUUGACGUUGGUCAUAACCAACUCGUGGGAAAAAAGCUUCCAAGAUCUUUGAUCCGUAACACUUUUCUUGUAGUUCUAAAUGUGGAAAGAAACAAAUUAAAUGACGAAUUCCCUUCCUGGCUGAGUUCUCUGCAAGAGCUGCAAGUUCUUGUCCUUCGCUCUAAUGCCUUCCAUGGACCGAUAACAAAAACAGGGUUUCCUAAGUUGCGAAUCCUCGACAUGUCUAGUAACCACUUCAAAGGAAUUUUACCAUCAGAUUUCUUUGUGAACUGGACUGCAAUGUUCAGUCUAGCGACUGAAGCUGGAGAUCAGUCUAACGAAAAAUACAUGGGUAGCGGCUAUUAUGUUGCUUCAAUGGUUUUGAUUAAUAAAGGUGUUGCAAUGGAGCUAGUACGCAUCCUAAAAAUCUUCACAGCGAUCGACGUUUCGGGGAACAGAUUUGAAGGAGAGAUACCAAAGACCAUUGGUUUAUUGAAAGAGCUUCAUGUGCUCAACUUUACAAACAACUCUUUCACCGGGCAGAUCCCGUUAUCAAUGGGAAACCUGGCGGAGCUAGAGUCACUGGAUGUUUCCCAAAACAAAAUUUCUGGAGAAAUCCCGCAAGAGCUAGGGAACCUCUCGUACCUUGCUUACAUGAACUUUUCUCAUAACCAGCUUGUAGGUUUAGUACCGGGAGGCACUCAGUUUCGCACAAAGCCUUGCUCUUCUUCCGGGGAAAAUCUGGGACUGCAUGGUCCUUUACUUGAUGAAGUUUGUGUUGAUAUCCACACAGCUACAUGGAAACAAUCUGAAACACCAGAGCUAGAGGAAGAAGAAGAAGAAGAAGAGGAAGAACAAGAAGAGAUGCUAAGUUGGAUUGCAGCUGCAAUAGGAUUCAUACCAGGUGUUUUCUUUGGAAACAUACUUGUUUCCUACAAACCAGAGUGGCUCAUUAACCUUUUCGGCCUAAACAAACACAAAGCAUAA